AUGACAACUCAAGAGCAAUUACUAUUCACAUGGGAUUUUAUGUAUGAGUGCCCCUCAGACAGCAGCUCGGGCUAUCUUGCCUUGGGCCUUGCUAGCUCUUGCCCGGGUUGGAUGUCACCGCCGGAGCAGAUUUUGGGAGACCAGGGGAGGCUUUUGCCUGGGCUGGGCUCUUGGAAUCCAUUCAUCCAAAAGAAUCCUCUCCGAACCCAAUAUCUUCCUUUCCCUAGUCCCUCAUGCGCCCUCAAUUGGUCGUCUGCUGUCGGCGGUCAGGUAUUGUUCUGUAGCAGCGACAUCGUCUAUCAGGUACCGUUCUCGCCUCUGGUACUGAGUCAUUAA